GCAAAGAGUGGGAAGGCUCCCUUGACCUGCAUCUGACCUCUGCAUGCCGAGAUCUUCGGAGUUUCUCCAACAGUUGCCGGCGCGAUGAAUGAAUGAGCUUUGGUGUGCUUUCGAUGAGGCAGAUCCUGUUCUCCGUCGCUGUAUCCCUGCUCUAUGGUGCUGCUGAGGCGCAUUCACUCAUCGCUUCCAUGCGGCGGCGAUGUCAGCCAUCCCCAUUUCAAUCAACAGCCGACGCCGCCUUUAUCCCCCCUUCCAUCUACCAUCCACAAUCUCUGUCCCUCUCACCGGCUCGGCCAGCCACCAGGGCGUCCUCUGCUGCCAGCAAGCAGACGGCAGAAAGGGCCACCCGGAGGAAAGGCAAGGCCAAGAAGGUCAAGCAGCCGCUGCCGCCGAGGAGCCUGCGGGUGCGGACGCGGGUGAGCCAGUCGGGUGAGGAGCUCAAGAAGUACGAGACGUCGAUAGAGAAGAAGGUGGAGCUGCAGAAGGGGCCUGACUGGGUGCACCCGUCGCUGCGGUGGCUCAGCCGGGCGACACUCGACCGGCUGUGGCGGCGCGUGUCCAACAAGGAGGUCCUGCUGACGACGGGCAAGUGGGGCGUGGAGGCGACGCACGUCAACUCGCUGCGUGACCUGGUGAGGAGCCACGGCAUUGUCAAGGUCAAGGACAAUGACGUCAAGCAGCUCAACAGCACCAGGACGGCCAUCCAGCUGCAGAAGUGGGACGAGGGCGUCCCCAUCGACAGCGGGGCGGAGAUCGUGCAGGUUAAUUUGAGCGCCAUGACAGCUACGGUCUUCCCGACAGUUGCUCACUGCCGUGUGUCAUCCAUCCUGUGCAGGUGAAGGGCAAGUUCAUACAAUUUGCCCUACCUGAGAAUCUCACCGACCUUGCGGGCGACAGCGAUCUCAUAUCGGCCGUGGCGCAAGGAGGCGCCUUCGCCGACCUCAUCGAGGACCUCACAAAUGAGGGCGUCUUCCAGACACUCAUCGACCGGCUGGAAGACGACGGCCGCUUCCAGCGUGAGAUCGACGAGUGGGAGGAAAGGAUGGCCCGGGAGGAGAGUGACAAGGCGAGGGGCGUCAAGCGGCCCAAGGGCGUCAAGCCGGCGGGUGAGAGGCCCGACGCAGAGCUGCUUGCGGGCAAGGUGGGCGUGGAGGGGUGGUAUGACGACCUCGUCAAGGACCUCAACAGAAGGCGGGUAUUCGAAGAACUCGCUGACGAGCUCACAGGUAGAGUAGAUGGAUGGAUAGAUCACUGGACCCACCGGCAGACCGAUAGAUACAUGUCAUGGGCGAGGGCAUGCAUUCUUCUCUGUGUGUUUGUGUGUGUGUGUCUGGUCGGCGAGACAGCGAAUGGGGUGUUGUCUCGUUGGGCGGACGACCAGGUCGCCACCAGGGGCAUCGAAGCGACGGUGGCGAGCAACCUCGCCCUCAGGUAAAUAUCUGCAUGGCUGGCUGUAUUCGUUCAGCCAUCGAUCUGAUGCAUGUCCUAUCUGUGUCUGCAGGAGGAAGGAGAGCGAGAGCGACAACGAUGAUGAGGAUUAUGAUUACUAAGCUACUAGUGUGAUAGCUACCUCCUGUGACCUCAGAAAUCAGCCAUUCGUUGAUCCAGGGGGCGAGCGGGGCGGGGGCGUGAUUAAGACGGUGACACGGGGGUCGAUUUAUCGGUUGCGUGUGUGCGUACGCAGUUGUGCGUAAGUGCGAGGGUAUAAUUUGUGUAAGAG